AUGAAAGAGGAAGACAUAACUAACUUCGCAUUGAGAAAUAGUGAUUAUGAGAUAAAGGAACAGGAUAGGUUCUUACCAAUUGCAAAUGGUACGUAA